AGUUAUGCAGUGAUUAAAAAAAAAGAAAAGAAAAGCUAUGAUUACUUAAAACUCAUAUUGCAUUGCAUUCAUGUACAUAGGUUUGAAGGUAUAAAAUAGCAUAUUACUGAUGAAUAAGCAUUAUGGUAUAAAUGUGUAACAUGAAGUGGGGAGAAUGCUCGGGAUCAUGUGUACACACUGUGGUCUGAGAGGAAGACCUGAAGGUGGGCUGUGUGGUAUAGGAACGCGUUUGCUGGAAGAGGAGGAGUAUUGACUUUGUAAUGAAAUGAAAGAAAGAAAUAAUUGGUGAGACUGAUUUGUCAGGAUCCAGCAGACUAGAGGGUGUUACCGUUCGCUGUAAUAUCAAGUUUGAAAACGGGGAUCAGAAAUUUGGCGCCUUCUAGGUUUCGACCUGCACUUGUGACAUUCUUUAAGAUUUCCCCUUUAAAGCAGCAUCAGAGAGAGAGAGAGAGAGAGAGGGAGAGAGAGAGAGAGAGACAGUAGGGUUUUUCCCCCUACUCUCCACUUCACUCCGGUUGGAGCUCGGUCUCUGCGGAUGCGUGCAGUGUUCCUGAAGGCUGUCUGCUUCAGCCUUUUUGUGCUUCUGAGCUCUCGUGGGAAUCUUUAAAUGCUCGAGCUGGGAUCUGCGAAGUUCGCCGCCGGUCUCUGAUGAAGCUUUUCUCUCGCUUUUGAAUGAGGACAAGUUCCACUCAGCCGUGCACGCUGCAGCACGGGCUCGGAAGAAUGACGCGAUAGCCUAAUAAGCGGACUUUUGGUGACCGAUCGAUCUUAUCUGCACUGACGGUGGAGGUCAUGAUGUAUUCGCCGAUUUGUCUAACGCAGGACGAGUUCCAUCCGUUUAUCGAGGCACUCCUUCCUCAUGUGCGCUCCAUCGCCUACACUUGGUUCAACUUGCAGGCCCGCAAGCGCAAGUACUUCAAGAAGCACGAGAAGCGCAUGUCCAAGGACGAGGAGCGCGCCGUGAAGGACGAGCUGCUGAGCGAGAAACCCGAGAUCAAGCAGAAGUGGGCAUCGCGCCUGCUGGCCAAGCUGCGCAAGGACAUCCGGCAGGAGUACCGCGAGGACUUUGUGCUCAGUGUGACAGGCAAGAAGCACCCAUGCUGUGUGCUUUCCAACCCCGACCAGAAGGGAAAAAUCAGACGCAUCGACUGUCUCCGCCAGGCGGAUAAAGUUUGGCGCCUGGACCUGGUGAUGGUGAUCCUGUUCAAAGGCAUCCCGCUGGAGAGCACGGACGGAGAGCGCUUAGUCAAAUCGCCCCACUGCACCAACCAGGCACUCUGUGUCCAGCCGCACCACAUCACCGUGUCAGUGAAGGAGCUCGACCUCUUCCUGGCCUACUAUGUCCAAGAUCAAGACUCACAGCAGUCAGGAAGUCCCAGUAACAAUGAGCCUGGCAAGAACCCUCCAGUUUACUUGGAAGACAGUUUUGUCAAAUCAGGAGUGUUCAGCGUUUCAGAGCUGGUCAGAGUAUCCAGAACUCCUAUCACGCAGGGGGCAGGGGUGAAUUUCACCAUGGCAGACAUGCCCAGCCAACCAUAUUACCAUGACCUGAACUCAGUGAGCUUACACCGCUCAAUCUCCUCCCCUCCUGGCAGUAAGCGACCUAAGACUGUUCCAGAGGACAGCAUGGAGACGAGUCCCACAGGCCCGGACUUCUACUCUUCCCCUAGCUCACCAGUCAGCCGACCAUGGCAUGAGAGAGACCAAGCCGAGAUAUCUUCUCCCACUAUGAAGAAGGCGGAGAAACCGCUGUUUAGCCCCACCUCUCCACAAGACUCCUCCCCCCGCCUGACUACAUUUCCCCAGCAUCAUCACCCAAGCCUGACCAGUGUUGGUCACAGUGUGAUCUCUACGAGGAGUCCUCCCCCUCACUCUCCACUGCAGUUUUCAGCUCCUGCCAUCCUCCCUCCUGCUCCAUCGCCCUACUUCUCCCAUCCCACCAUCCGUUACCCUCCGCACCUCAACCCAGCCGACUCGCUCAAGAACUACGUUCAGCCUUACGAUCCGUCCAGCCCUCAGAGCAGCCAGCCGAACAGCAGCGGUCAGGUGGUGGGGAAGGUUCCAGGCCACUUCACCCCAGUGCUGACACCAUCUCCCCACCAUGGAGCAGUCAGACCCGUGUCUCUGUCCAUGCCGGACACCAAGCCAAUCACCACAUCCUCGGAGGGUUAUUCAGCCCCCGGCACCCCUACCGCUAACCGUUUUGUAGGACUGAGCCCUAGAGACCCAGCCUUCCUUCACCAGCAACAGCUGAGGAUUUGUGACUGGCCCGUGAAUCAAAACGUCAGGUCUUAUGGCUCAGAGGAGGCUUUGGGGAUUUCUUGGCAAAGGUCUAUAGAAACAGACAAGAGGAGAGAUUGUAAUGAGCAGGACCUACCAUACAGGUCCUGGUACCUGGGCGAGCUUAAUUCCAUUCCAAGUGUCGAACGGGACUCAGAUUCUGCCAACAAAUGUCCAGAAUUACAGCAUAAACAUCAUUGGUGAGCCCCUUCUUCAGGCGGAGACGAGCAACUGAGGGGUGUAAGCGGGGGGGCCAAGCCUUGACUCUGGAGUGACAGGUCCGUGGACAAACCAGCAAGCAGCACUUACACAAUCUCCACUGACAUUUGUCCCUCCCACUGAAGGACUUUGCCCUAGAACAGGAGAGUGGGUUUGGGUCAAAGCUGGCACGAGCCUCUCCAUGCCAGUCAGUCAUUGUGUAAGAAGGCCCCUCAACUGACAUACUGUGAUAUUUACCAUACAAAAAAAUUUUUUUUAGAUGCCUUAAUGUUUUGCAUGACACGCUAGUCUCUUGUAGUGUUUUUUUUUCUUCUCAUUCUUAUGUCACAAUUUCUAGGCUUGGUUUUUGAGCAAGUGUAGAAGGAGAGGCACACAAAGGCUGGCUGGCUGGACUUUUAACAUUUUUUUUUUAUAAUGCAGGCUCCAAUUCUGACCUAUCAAAGAAGGCUCAACCCACAUCAUUACAUGUCCAUAGGAACAAAACUCAGCAAUUCAGACUUUUUUGCUUUUGUUUGCCUUCUAAAUUUCUUUUUUUUUUCCAUGUUGAAAAGGCACCUUUUGGUAUCUGUAAUCUUGUCAAUCUUGGAUUUGUAUUUCCUUUAGAGCUAAAGGUUAAUAUCUACUCUUAAGAGUUAAGAACUCUGAAUUUUUUAUAGUGAAAACGAAAAGACCUGUAUUACUAGGUGAAAAAACAUCCCCAGUGAAUUUUCUUGAUGUAUCCUUUACAAAGGAUUUACAAAAAAUGGACAAAAAAAGAAGAAGAAGAAAAUAUCUCAUAUGAGGCAAGUGCAAUUCAAAUGAUUUCUUUUUUAACUGAAGGGAAGCUAUCAUAGUCUGUCUGCCCUAGGACUCUAAAGGAAGGGGGAGUAACUGUUUUAAGUUCACUUUUAAAUGAGAAAAAAAUUAAUUGCAUCCUCAAAUAUGAACACGGUGGAAAGUUGAGAGUGGGGAAGUGUCAUUGACAGUAAACGUUUACCUGAGCAGAACUGAACACGAACAAAACAGCACUUAUCUUGAGCCGUACCCAAGCACUCGGGUAGUUUUUUUUUUUUCCUCUUUAAUUUAUUAUGUAAAAUGACAAACAGAAACUUAAAAAGGCGAAAAGACACAAACACACGGCGUGUAUAAAAUGGCUUAUUGUUUGUUAUGUAAUCCCUACCUAUCUAGUGUGCAUUUUCAUUUGGGCCAUUAGCUUAUAAAGCUACUGUUUACAUUGUGAUAUUACAAGAAACACGAGGAACGCAGGCUGGUGAAGUAAUUUAAGAGAAAAUGUGUGUGCGCGCAUGUUUGUGUGUAUGUGUGGGUGUUUGUUAUGUGUUAAAUCUGCACUCAGUUAAACACUAACCUGCAGGGUGAGGCUAGGUCUCAUGGUGCUUCUUUUAUGCCCAGUCUGGUGAAGCUCGAGAGUUGUAGUCCCGUAAAUCUCCAAUUGUUCACGACAGUCCCAAUGCCAUCGCCUCUCCAAUCAGAUAUAUUUAUAUAAGUAAUCUUUCCAAUAAUCUUAAUUUGCACGAAUAUAUAUAGUCCACAUUACGUGCCUUGCCUUUGAAUAUAGAAAACAUCACUACACUUGUUUUUGCUGCAUUUAUUACCGAUGUAGAAAAAAAAAAUUAACAUUUUUAUGAUAAGAAAUAUUUUGUACUCUGGAUGAAAUUGUGUCAUUGUUGAUUUUUAGCUUCAUUUACUACUUUCGCUCACAUUUACAGUGCAUAUCAAGGCUGUGUAUAGUUGCUGUUCUAAAGUUUAUAAUCAAACAGCAUUAUUUUUCAGUAUUUUGGUGUUGUUGUUGUUUUUUUUUUCCAUCUUCCAGUCAUUAUCGGGGAGGGAGGGGUCCAGAAUUAUAAGAAUUAUGCAAUACCAAGUUUUGCCUAUGUAGGUAGUGCUUUUAGCUAUGUCGAUUAGAAGCUAGUAUGGAGAUACAAAUAGUGUAAACAUUUAUUUUGUUGAUGUUAUCAUUGUUAAUGUUGUUGUUGAUGUUGUUGUUAUUUUCCGUUUUUUUUUUAAUUGACCAAAGUGGGAACUGCUUUCUAUGCAGUGUGUAACAAGGUCUUCUUUUUUUUUUUUUUUCCUUGAGUGUAUUGAAAGAUGGAGAGGCGCAUGCGAGGAUAGUUUUGUUUCGUUUUCUCUGUGAAUGGAGUAAUUAUUUUUUCGUCUACACUUUGUAGCAUGCAUCGUUUGGUCUAAUAUGGCUGCAAAGUCACUGGUCUGCUUACUGUGACUAACUGACUAUUUUUGUUUUUUUUUACUUCACACUGGGGUGCUAGCAUGACUCCUGGAAAUGGCUCAUUUUCAGAGGAGAGAAAGCUUGACUUGAGACUGACAAUCAUCAAGGAAAUUUCGAGAAUUAGAUAUCAAACGGACACGUUUCCGUGUACAAAGUUACAUUGAGCGGAAUCAAAUUUAUCCCCAGCUCAGAUUUUUCAUCCAACGAGGACUAUGGACAUUAUCCAACACUCUGCAUAAUUGCCUGUGAACUCACUCUGUCCACUCACAGCAUCUUUUAAACCACAUUUAACUGCCGGUACUCUAACUUGAAAGCUGUGAAGGCGAUUCUUCAGCAUUUGGUUCUGCAUAUUAUCAGUAGCAAUAUGCAAGUACAAAAGUAGAUGCCUUAAAUUUUUAUGAAAAAAAAAAGUGACUUGUUAUGAAAUGCAUUACAAUCACCACGCUAUACUUGCGUGUUAAAACUUUUUACAAUCAGAAAAGAAAUUGUUUUCUUUUAUCCUGGAGAUAAGUUCCAGCUUUAGCCUUAUGAGGAUGUCAGGCAGGUUCGGGGACACAGUAUGAACUCAUGAUCUGUUUUAUAUUCUACUUGUGAUGAACUACAGACUUCAGAGGAAGGGCCUUAUGCAGUCUCCAUUCGGUCUGGAGGACCACUGCGAUUUAAACGCUGAGCACUUAUACAGCAUCUAGGCAAUCAUCCACCUCCAGUGCCCUUUCAAAUGAACUAUUUCACGAACAGUAACUCAGGCAUAAUGCGUCACAGAGCAUUAUAUCGCUAUCACUCAUUGGAUUUACUCUUUGUAUUGUACAACAUAUCUUUCAGCAUUUCUUCUGUUUUUGUACUUCUACUUGUUCUUCUACAGCAGACCUGAAAUCAUUAUAGAUCUUUGUCUAACCAUGUCCUCAAAAAAAAAAAAAAAAUGUAAAAAAAUAAUUAAAUUUUUUUUUUGUUUGGAUAGAAAAACUCAAGUCAAGCUCAUUCUUUCCUCCUUCACAAACGUGCUUGUUCUUAUUGUGGGGGGGAAAAUGAACAAAAUGAAGCCACCCCAUUUUACGUGCACUGCUGUCCCUGUUCUGUUUUUUCUUUAUCCUUAUCACAUUUGAGAAAGUUGAAGUGCUUUGCAGCCGUUUGGACAUUAGCUGUGCCACUGAAGUGCAUUUCCCCCAGACUGAUGGCAGUGUAUUGUUUGUAGGCGUGUUUAAAACAGUGAAGACGGCUGUAGCUGUGGGUCACUGUGUUGGCCAUACUGAUGGGAUUAAUCUCUGGUAGUCCUCAGUGGAUAGGAUCUGCCCUGGCAGCUCUGUAAAACCAUGUUUGUCAGUGCGAGUGUGUGGCAGAGUGCGUGACGCUGACACUGCAAGAGCAAACGACGAGCAAACGAGCGUCUUUUUUUCUUUUUUUUUUUUAAAAUUCAACUGCCUGCCUUCUGGACAAAAGUUUGUACACUGUAAUAAUGUUUUUCUUUACCCUUGCUUUUGAAAGAGCAAAUGUUUUCGACAUAUAAAUUAAUUUGCCGCCCCUUCUUUUGAAAUUGUACAAAUAAGCCCACAUCAUUUUGAAAAAUCAAAUUUUUAGAACUUUUUAAGACUUUGAAUCGUUGAAUUGUAAAUGUAAAGUAAAAUGUUUUUGUUUGUUUGUUUGUUUGGUUGGUUGUUUUUUUUCCCUUUGGUUAGUGUGAGACCUAGAGUUUGCGAUGUGAAUAUGUGUCAUAAAAAAAAAAAAACAAUAGGAAAAGAAUUCAUGAUUAAAUUCAUGUUGUGAAGGGUAAUAUUUUGUUCUCUCAAAAUAAUUUUAAAAGGCGCCUGAUUUGAGUUGGUCAUCAGUGAGUCCUAGCACUAGUCAUAGCAAUAGUCUCGUAGUCCGUAGUGGUUAAAUGUUGCUCUGCUAGCUGGGUUGUUUGUGUUGGUGCGAGUGUGUGCCAGAGUGUGUGUCUGGCCGACUCUGACUCCACACAGUAAGGAAAAAUGAGGGUCUUUCUAUUCAAAUGCUUGCCUUGUAGACAAAAGUUUGUACACUGUAUUUUUUUUUCUCUUUACCCAUAUUUGUAAAAAGCUAAAUUUAUACACUUAACAAAUUUGCUUAAUAUGAAUUUUUAUUGUAAGAACAACAAUUGCUACAACAAUACUGUUUGGAAUCUGGACUCAAGGUACAACUCUAGCUGCCCGUACGAAUCAGAAUGAGUUUUAAUUCAAUUUGUUGUACUUUGUUGUGGAGGUCAAUUCCUACGUUGGCGUGUAAAUGUUUAAAAGUAAAUGAUGAAGGUCAUUUUGUUGUGCUUCAUGUAGAUUAACCUGGCGUGUUGUUUCUGUUAGAGUGGAUCUCGAUUGUGUGACUUGAUUAUGAGAUAGCAGAAAUGAGGAGAGAGAAAAAAAGAAAAGGAAAUAACGGUUUUGCUGAUUAGGGGCCAAAUAGGGAAAUCGUCAUCCCUUUAAAAAGGCACCUGAUUCCAGUCUGUUGUCAGUGUCAUCCACAUCCACGAUACAGUGAAUCAUUUGGUUUCUGACGAGACCUUAGAACUUUUCUAUCACAUACCAAGCUGAAGCUGACAUUUAAGCAUGUUUGUUUCACAGUAUUUAUGUGUUCACUGUGGGCUGUGACUGCUAUGUUAAGUAACGUUAAUCACUUCAUCGUGUAGUUAGGAUAAGGUCAGUACUGGGAGAAUCCUAACUCCCAGGAGCCUUUGCGCAUCCCCACAGAUAUCCGUGUAUGUCGUUAGCACAGAGGAGAGUUUGGCAAACAGCUGAGCAUUUGCACUUUGCGCAGUUCCCACUAGCCCUCUCAUUGGAGCCUUGUUGUUUUUUGGUGUAUGGUUUGCGUGUAUCAUCAGAUUUCAAGCCUGUAUACUUCCAUCUAAUUUCACUGAUUGUGUCGCUCACCACAGCACACAGUGUUAUGAGGCUUAUGAGAGGAGUUCUGGUCAAUUUCUACCUUUUUGUGUCUCAAUAGUGAUUUUUAGAUUUGUUUUUCAUUCCUUUUCAAAGGGCUGAUUGUUAUUAUUAUUAUGAUUUUUUUUUAAUCAGUUUAUUGUCAAGAAGUUAGAUUUUUCAUAGCGUAACAUGUAUUACAUUAUAUGAGACGAUGGCCUGGUUAAAGUUAAGUAUUACAUGUAGAGUUAGUUAUGAAAGCCAUGCUCAUGGACACUGAGAAGGCCACAAGUAUUUUCCUUAUGCAAGGAGGUGCUAGUGGCGCUCACGCAAUAUCUUUAUUUAGUUCACCUGAAUAUGGAUUUACCACAGGGAAAGGCAGGAGAACCUUUCAGUCCAUUUCUUCAGUUCUGUUUUCCAAGGGCAUUUCCAAUGGCAUGAAUGAACAUCAGGUAGACAUAAACAGGAACAUAUUAAAAACCAGCAUAUUUUGAGAUGUUUACCAAAAAAAUAAAAAAAGACAAAAAAAUAUAUACAGUAUAUAUAUAUGUUAAGCAGUGCCUGUUCCAGCUCACAGUCUCAGUGGACUUCACAUUGUACAUAAAAAAAAACAACAACACUGAUUGAAAUUUCUUUGGGAAAAAUUAGAAAUGUAGAAAAAAAAAAAAAAACAGUCGAAACAGAAUGUGUGGGUUGCUUCUUCCUGUAUUUUUAUCUUAUUGUUUUUAUUUUUGUCCCCCCCAGGUUUUAUGUGAUGUGUCCUUUUUAAGUGUUUUCGUGCUCUGUUCAUUUUUGAAUAUUUUAGUCCUAUUGAAUGGAGUGCCCUGGUCUCUCGAUAUUUCUUUGAUGAGAUUAAAUAAAUAGUCGGGCAGUGUGUUUCUUUAGAUUGUCAAUGCUACACUUAGAACUACAGUAGAUAAAAAAAAAAUUUAAAAAAAGAUGCUUGCCAGCUCCACAGCAGGGUUGAUUUCUUUCAGGUCUUGUGGCACUUUUACACCCUUUUCAAAAUGGCGUGUUUUUUUUUUUUUUUUGAGCCAUGCAUUUGUAACAUGACAUCAACAACACUAACAAAGGUUUUUAAGGUUGUAUCAGCCUUUAGUGAAUGUAGUAACACCACAGAUGUAUGCAAAUGGCAAUGUAAAUUCCUGAAUGUACAUCAUAGAAUACUUUAAAGACUUGUUUUAUUCACCGUUCGGGAAAUGCAGGUAUCCUUCAAGAGACUGUACAGUGAAGAUCUUGGUUUUUUUUUUGGUUUUUGUUUUUUCCCCAGUUUUCACAGCUAAACGGUAGGCAUUGCCUUUAAGCUAGCUGCAUUUGAUGUAGGGGAUAAAAUUGCCACAAGAUUAAAAAUGAGUGUAAAUAAUGCUUGACUUUUUUGUGAUUGUUACUGUUAUAUCCAGCCUAUACUGCUAGCAGCUGUUUUUACUGCAGUCAAUUACUGGAAGUGGAUAUAUUUCCUAUGCAAAACUGUUUAAACAAUAAAACGAGCUAUGCUACAA